UACAGGACGACUAGAAUUAAGUCUGAAGCCGGUAACAUCCACAGUGAGGACAAACCCAGCCUGCCUCUCUCCUUCCACACUGAGUCCAAACCUACAGUCACUAGGUCCUGAUUGUGACAGUGGAGCCCAGUUUGCACUGCAGGGUCCAGAGAUGGCAGUGAAGCUGGAAGACUGCAGUCAAACACUGGAACUGAAUGUCAACAUUAAAGAUGAAGAAGAGGAGGAGAAGAUUGGGAAAUCUGUUUCUCAUGGAGACCAUGUUGAGACAUUCUCUACAUCCAGAGAGCAACAGCAGGAAGAUCACAGAGCUAAGAGGUCUCACCACUGCCCACAUUGUGAGGAGACUUUCCCAAUUCUAUCAAAGCUAAAAAUACACCUAAAAAUACACACAGGAGAUAAUCCGUAUUCCUGUACUGACUGUGGGAAGAGAUUCACAACAUCAAGGAAUCUGACAGUUCAUCAGAGUGUGCACAAUGGAGUGAAGCCUUACUCCUGCUCUGACUGUGGGAAGAGUUUUUCUCGAAUGAACUUCUUAAAAACACAUACACGUAGACAUACAGGACUGAAGCCUUACUCCUGCUCUGAAUGUGUAAAAUUCUUCACAACAUCAGCUGAGCUAAAAGUUCAUCAGAGAAUUCACACAGGAGAGAAGCCUUACUCCUGCUCUGACUGUGGAAAGAUUUUCUCUCAACUUGGCCCCUUAAAAAGACAUGAACGUAUACAUACAGGAGUGAAGCCUUACUCCUGCUCUGACUGUUUAAAAUGCUUCACAACAUCAGCUGAGCUAAAAAUUCACCAGAGAACACACACAGGAGAGAAGCCUUACUCUUGCUCUGACUGUGGAAAGACUUUCUCUCAACUUGGCCCCUUAAAAAGACAUGAACGUAUACACACAGGAGAGAAGCCUUACUCCUGCUCUGACUGUGGAAAUUGCUUCACAACAUCAGGUCAGCUAGAAGUUCAUCAGAGAACACACACAGGAGAGAAACCUUACUCCUGCUCUGACUGUGGAAAGAGUUUCUCUCUAUUGUUUAACUUAAAAACACAUGAACGUAUACAUACAGGAGUGAAGCCUUUCUCCUGCUCUGACUGUGUAAAAUGCUUCACAACAUCAACUGACCUAAAAGUUCACCAGAGAACACACACAGGAGAGAAGCCUUACUCUUGCUCUGACUGUGGAAAGACUUUCUCUCAACUGGGCACUUUAAAACAACAUGAACGUAUACACACAGGAGAGAAGCCUUACUCUUGCUCUGACUGUGGAAAGAGUUUCUCUCAACUGGGCCCCUUAAAAAGCCAUGAACUUAUACAUACAGGAGUGAAGCCUUUCUCCUGCUCUGACUGUUUAAAAUGCUUCACAACAUCAGCUGAGCUAAAAGUUCACCAGAGAACACACACAGGAGAGAAGCCUUACUCCUGCUCUGACUGUGGAAAAAGUUUCUCUCAACUGAUUCUCUUAAAAAGACAUGGACGUAUACAUACAAGAGUGAAGCCUUACUCCUGCUCUGAUUGUAUAAAAUGCUUCACAACAUCAGGUCAGCUAAAAGUUCAUCAGAGAACACACACAGGAGAGAAGCCUUUCUCCUGCUCUGACUGUGGAAAGAGUUUCUCUCUACUGUGCAACUUAAAAACACAUGAACGUGUACAUACAGGAGAGAAGCCUUACUCCUGCUCUGACUGUGGAAAGAGUUUCUCUCUACUGUGCAACUUAAAAACGCAUGAACGUAUACAUACAGGAGUUAUUCCUCACCACUGAUCUGACUCUAGAAACUGUUUUAAAACAACAGCUGAGCUAAAAGGUCAUCAGAGACAGACACGGGAGAGGAACCUGACUUCUGCUCUUAAUGUGGCAAGAGUAACUCAAGUAAAAGUGAAAGUCACCAAGUAGAAUACCACUUGAGUAAAAGUAUUUGGUUUUAAAUAUACUUAAGUAUCAAAACUAAAAGUAUGAAUCAUUUCAAAUUCCUUAAAUUAACCUCUACGGGAUGGGUGUUCCUAAAACAGGACAGUUGCUAAUGUGACUAUAAUGACAUUGUAUUCAACAGCUAACUUUCUGGGACAUAGACAUGUCUUUUAUAUGGGCAAAAAGAUUAACAAGAAUUUAAGCAAACUUCAGUGUCAAAUUAACAGUAGCUAUUACAGUGAAAAAAUACCAUGCUAGUGUUUGAGUAAAGUGUAAAACAACAACUUAUCACUGCAACUGGUUUGAUACAUUCAAACCAGUUGAUUUGUCAUCCUUAGGGUCCCAGAGAUCAAAUGUAGCAUAGUUUUUUGUUUGAUAAAAUCCAUUUUUAUGUUCAAAUGUAGCAACUGGUUCUACAUUUUGAACCCCUGUUGUCUCUGGCUCCACACCAACCAUCUAGCUUAGUGUAUAAGCUAAUGAUCCAUCAUGACAUUCCUGUCCGUGUGUAAACUUAAAUGUUUUAUUACCAUAGCAUUUUUAUAUGUUCUCUAUAGUUUUGUACAUCAAUGUAUCAAUUGACCAAUUCAGGACAUUUGGGGAAACUCCUGGCAGACUUGAUACAGUGCAGUAAUGUAAUUCUUCACUGGAUCAGUCAAACUUUUCACACACUGCUGCCAUCUGGUAGCCAAAAUCUGAAUUACACCUAGACUCCUUUCUUGCAUUUCAAAGAUGAUAGAAAAUAAUAAAUAAUAAUGAUAAGUAGGGAUCAGAGGCAGUAGGGAUGACCAGGGAUGUUAUCUUGAUAAGUGUGGGAAUUUGACCAUUUUCUGUCCUGGUAAUCAUAUAAAAUGUAACUAGUAUUUUUGGGUGUCUGGGAAAAUAUAUGGAGUAAAAAGUAAAAUUUGGGCGGGGGAAUUUGGUGAAAUAAAAGUAAAAAUUGUCAAGUACAGAUACACCAAAACUUAAGUAAAAGUGAUUUAAAGAACUACUUAAGUACUUUACACCACUGCAUGUAUCCAUUCCGUGUGUCAGCAUUGCAGGCUAGUGGUGUGAUGGUUGGGGUGUGUUUUCAGGGCACACAUUGGGCCCCUUGAUAAAAGAUGAGCAAUGUUUGAAUGCCACAGGAUAUCUAAACAUCAUGGCCAAUCAGGUGCCUCCCUUCAUGGCAGUAGUUUAUCCCUCCCACAAGGCUUGUCCAGGAAUGGUUCCAAUAACAUUACAUAAUAGAAUAGCUCGUUCCAUCUCCUCCCACAGAUGCACAAUUACAGUGAAUUCAGUGUAAUGUUAUUGGAACCAUUCCUGGACAAGCCUUGUGGCAUAAUCCUGCUGAAGAAAACAACUUGCAGAUGGAUACACUGCUACGAUGAAGGGAGGCACCUGAUUGCCAAUGAUGUUUAGAUAUCCUGUAGCAUUCAAACAUUACUCAAC